AUGAGCUCGAUGCCCCCAAACUCGGUCGACGAGAUCCUACUGGUCGACGCGCAUAUCCUCAGAUCCUGCCAGGAGGGGGCAAGGAUCGGAGUUCAUGGGAAGCAGCUACUUGCCGUCGAGAACAUUCUCGGCAUGAUAGAGUGCCGUUCGGCCAGCAGUGGCUUCGUCUACACCUUCAAGCGUACCCUCCUCAAAUUUCUGAGCUACAACUCGAGAGCCCAGUUCAUCGAUUCGGGAGUCCUCCUGAAUGCGCUUCAAUGCCAGGUCAUCCUCGACCAGAGCUUCUGCCCUCACAGCCAGCUCAUCUACUUCGACCGGCCUACCGGCUUCAGCUUCGGCACCGACGAGCUGCGUCGCCUCAUCUGCACGGACGGCAGGCUAUCUGUCUACCUCUUCUACCAGAAAUUCGUUCGCUGGAGUGGAUACGAUGCGGCUUGGAUGAUCGGCUUCACCUCUUACAACUUCAAUCCCGACACCGUGUGCGCGGGCGCUGCCAACGGAAUGAUAUGUAUCGAGAAAAGCGUCGUCCCUCCCACACAGGGUGGGUAUACACAUUGA